UACUCCUGGCUGCUUUAGCUGCGUACUACCAAGGCGUUUGUACACAUACUGUCUUCAAGUUGACGCUUGAAAGAGGAGCACUGCAUACCGAGACUAAACAUGGAUUUGCACAAGGGGCCUCGAUAUCCAGGCUCCGUAGUCGCCCAUCACAUCAAAAUGCGCUUUCAGGAGGUCACACAACGCUACAGGCGACGAAAGAAGCGCACAUCAGAGCUGCCCCGCGCCGUGUCACUGCUGCUGGCGUGGGAGGGCGCCAUCGUGGCGGGCGUGUUCCUGGGGGCCAUUGGGCUGGUGGCGGCGGGGACAUACAUGAUGGAGCGGUUCGAUGAGAGGACGAGGCGCACCAGCCUCAUCCACUACUACCAGCAGCGACUGGCCCUCAGCGCCGAGACACUGGCGGACCUGCAGGAGUCGUACCGUUUCUACAGCUCCCACGCCCAGUGUGUGGGCUGCCACCUGGCCGCCAGCAGCCGGGCGGCGGACGACUGCCGGCGGCGGCUGGCGGGCCGGCGGCGGGACAUUGAGGCGCAGCUGGCGGCGCUGGGGGCGCUGGAGCCGCCCCCUGCCACCCCUCCGCCGCUAAACCAGCAGCACCUGCAGGGACACGGGCAGGAGCAAUGCAGUGGCGGCGGUGGCGGCGGCGGCGGCGGCGGUGGCGGCCGGGCUGCCGGUGCGGGCGGCCUAGCUCGGCGCUGGUUGCUGGGUCCGGUGGUGUGGGCAGCUGACGUGGCGGUGGCGCCGUGGCGGCAGCUGUACGUGGCCACCCGGCUGGAGGGCUGGCGGAGGGAGCUGCAGGCUCUGGAGGCUGAGGCGGUGCAUGCUGAGCAGUGGGCGGCUGCCGACAGCGCCAUGUGCGGCCGGGCGGCGGACAAGCUGUCCCGACUGUCCGCCGCCCUGCGCCGCGAGGCCGCCACACACGAGGUGCUGCGGGUGCGGCUGCAGCGCUGGCGGCAGUACAGCUGCAGGGGCGAGCCACUCAUUGCGGCCAGCGGGGAGGUGUGGGGCUGGGGCAAUAGCAGCAGCAGCAGCAGUGGCAGCGGUGGCAGCAGUAGCAGGUGGGGCGUGGGCAGCUGGCCCUCGGGCUGGGGCUGGGGUGCCGCCGUGGACAGCCCCGGCCAGCAGCCCCCGCCCCGGGCCGAGGCACAGAGCAGUGUCAGCGGCAGCAGCAGCAGUGGCAGCAGUGGCAGCAGCAGCAGCAGCAGCGCUCUACCCGGUGCAGCUCUCGCUGAGCCCCAGCCUGCGCCUGCGCCCGAGGCUGCACCCGCCGCAGCACGGGCCACCAAAUGGAUGUGGAGUGUCGAGGUGUACCGGCCGUCCUGGAUGGAUGAGGACGAGGUGUGCGGCGUGGACAUGGAGCAGCUCACGGCGGCGGUGGAGGCGGCGCACGCGGCAGCGGCCAGGGAGAGGGCGCAGGCGGAGGCGGAGGCGCGGCAGUUGGAUGACGACGGCGAGGAGGAGGGAGGCGGCGGAGGCGGUGUUGGGGAUGAAGCGGGAGCUGGCGGGGGCGAGGUGCUGGCACAGCUGCUGGCGGAGCUGAGGCCGCUGCUGGACUCGCUGCAGGGAGGCGGCAGCGGGAGCAGUGGAGGCAGUGGGGCCGGUGGGGGCGCUGGGGGCUUCCCGCGCGGCUGGUGAACCGCACCGUGGCGUGUGUGUGACUGACACGUGUGCAUCUGCAUUGCGGUACGCCGUGGUACCUGCAUUGUCUGUUUCUGCAAGCUACCGCCACAACAUCGCCGACUGCGCGCCGCCACAGCAUGACGACCCCUGCGCCGAUGUAGGCAGCGCACCGACAUGGACGUGUGCGUGUGCGUGUGUGCGACUGCUGUGGGCUGUGUGCGGCUGAGGCACACAGAGAUCGUGUCCCCGAGCGUUGCCUCCAAGUGCUGUGUUUGUGCGCGAGUGUUUGUGCGUGUGUGUGUAUGGCAGUAUGUGUUUGAAAGCGUGCGGGCACCUGCACGGCAGGGGGCCCGGCUCGGCUCCAUGUGGACACGGGUGUGGGGGCGCAUGUCUGUGACG